CGCAGAAUUGCAGUGCCCUCACCGGUCUUAAUCGUCCAACCCGCUUUUCCCACCACCGGCUUGUGCAAACACACAUGCUACUCCCAACACCCUCUCAACACACCCACAAACACACACACACACACUCUCACAGGCGCACACAAACACACCCUUACGACCAGUCUGUGUGUACCCAGCCUUGGUGGUGCCGGCCUGCAAUACCGGAUCGGCGAGAUUCCCACCUCAAGACAGUCUUUUGCCCCACGAGGCCGAUGGUCGGUGUCGUCUUGCAGCCCGUUUACACGAGCCGCUCUCUCGUCCAGCCAAGAUUCGGCCAAAGUGCGUCCAGUUCCCUCGAAUCAUUGUCAACACCACGGCAUGGAGCUGAUGCCCAUUAGGGCCCGGGUUUGA